GCCGCGAUGUGCCAACUCCUGUGGAGCUUCAGCGCCGCCCCUACGUUGGCGGAGGACCUGAGGGGCUUCCCGCUAUGCUUGAGCACUUCUCCGCCUUCAUCACCUGGCGCCAGACGCAGGAAUCUUCACUGCAGGUGCCUAAGAUCCGGUUGUGGUGCCCUGCAGAGAUUGACCAGGAGGCUUUGCUGGAUGCAGCCCCCUUUCCUGUGGAGUACCAAGGCGUGCAGCACCCGGUAUGCCGCCUGCGAGAUGCUCCUGGAAGAGUUGCUCGAAGUCAUGUCACCCUCCACGCCGUCCCAUCGAACGAUCAGACAGGCAGCUUCCACUUCUUCGUCGCCGGGCCAUCCUACGCUCCCCGUGACUCCCUUGUGCAAGCUGGGCUUCCUCGCUCCAACGGACCUGGCGGCUGGGUUCACACUUCUCGUACCCUCACCCACCACCGCGUGGACUUCCCCGAAGACCUGGGCGCUGAGACGCUCGCAGUCCUCGCGCGCACAUUCG